AUGCCUGCAAGGAUAAACUCAUCUCUCACCGCCUCCCUCCUGCCGGAGGACGAGCGCCGCGAGUCCAUGAUCGGUGCCGAAAUCAACCUUCCAUACGAAACUCCGAUCCUCGACCUCGACAAGCUUUCUAAGGAAGACAAGCAGACGCUCCGGCAGGCGCUCUUCGACAACUCGGUCGUUGUCAUCCGCAACCAGCAAGGCAUCAACCCACAGAUUCUGCCCAAGCUCGCUGCAGUCUUCGACGAGCAUGCUACCAACGAGCAUUCUGCGGGUAAGAAGGCUGUUAGUGAUCCACGGAACAUCUUGUCCAGCUAUAGAGCUGGCCGGCUGCCAGCUGCACCACAGGUUUCUGUCAUUGGCUCGGGGAAGUUCACCAACUAUGAGGGCAUUCCUGAGCUUGAGGUUGUCCAUCUGGACCACACUUUGUUCCACGAGUCACCGCUGAGCUCGGAGGAGCUCGAUCAGGGCUACACGCGUCCAUAUCGGUGGCACAUGGACACGCCGUUGUACGAGCGCCUUCCGGGAGAGGUUACAAUUUUGCACGGCGUGCGCAUUCCAAAGGUGCCUGACCAGAAGAUCAAAUUCGAUAACGGGGAGGAGAAGACGAUUGCCGCUGGCUCAACGGCCUUUUUCUCUGGUGCUCGGGUGUUCGACUUGUUGACGCCAGAGGAAAAGGAAUUCGCGAUGAACACAACAGUGACAUACGCACCACAGGCGUACGAGUACAUCCGCAAUUGCAAGUCUUCGGCAGACGGGUUGACAAUCCCAACCUUCGGAAACGAAACACCGAUAGACCAGCUGUCGGAAUGGACACAGGAGCAUGUUGCUGAGUAUCCGAUGGUAUGGAAGAAUCCAGGGAACGGUCGACCACACUUCCAAGUGCACGGCUGCUGCGUAUACAAGUUGACGACGAAGAAUCCCGCAACAGGGGAGGUGACGGUCGUUGAUGAUGUGCCAACGGUGCGGAAGAUCGUCUACGCAAUGCAGAGGAAGGUUUACGCGGUGGAAAACAUCUACGCACACCGUUGGCGGGAGGGGGACAUUGUCAUCUUCCACAACAAGGGCGUCAUGCAUUCGAUCACGGGACAGCUGGCCAAGUACAAGGAGGAGGAGGAGAAGAAGAGGCUCAUGUGGCAGUGUACUAUGAGUACCACCCAGAAACCCAUUCCGUACAGGGCUUGA